UGUGCGAUUAUAACAGAAUCUAGUUGCAUUCACUUGGUGAGCGAGCUUGAUUACGAGAUUUCGCUUUACUAGUAAAAGAAUAUGAUGGAAUAUGCAUCAGUUUGUACGACUGUCGUUUUGUUUUUGAUUCUGACUGAAAUUUCUGAAGUGAGAACUGCAUCAACUCGAAACUUUCAAUUUCUUCAUUGCAAAUACAGAAGAGCUCGAUAUUCUCGUUUCAACCCACUUGACAUGUCGCGAUCGGAUUGCUAUUUUCCCAGGAGUACACAACGAACUAGGAGAAAGCUUCCUUCAGUUCGUGCAAGUUCUGGAUUGUGUAUCGACAUCGAGUCCGAAGCCUUGUGUGAAAAAUUCAGCAACAGAGGAUUUUGUCGAUCCUUUGCGGUUUGGAUGAAUAACAACUGCGCUAGAACCUGCAAAGUUUGCUCGGAUAUUUCUGGUGAUAUUUCAUCGCCGUUAUUGAGAAACAAUUGGUCUGGUUGGGGAAAGUGGUCAGAAUGCUCAUCAACAUGCGGUUUGGCUUACAUGCGGAGAAGAAGAACAUGUUAUUCAGUGGGUCUAUCAACUUGCAGCGGUUCUACAUUUCAAUCUCAAAAAUGCACUGUUGUUCCAUGUCGAAUAAGGUCAUACCCAUUGCACAGGACGGUUGGUGACUGCGCGGACCUUCAUCGCUCUUGUGAAGUUUUCAAGAAAAAUCAAUUCUGUAAUGAUAAAGUGUAUCAAGAUUGGAUUAAUACAAACUGUAAAGCAAGUUGUGGAUUGUGUGGAUUUACAGAGUGGGGAUCUUGGAGUCAAUGUUCAAGUACAUGUGGAUCAGCUACCAGAACGAGAUCGCGGGAAUGCAGCACAAUCAGUACCGAAUGUCAAGGUCCCAUGAAUCAACAAGAUGAUUGCGAGAUGGAUCCGUGUCCAAAGCCUCAGUGGUCUCAAUGGAGCCUAUGGGGAGACUGCAGUUCAACAUGCGACGAAGGAAUAAUGACAAGAACAAGGAUCUGUUCGGAUUGUAAAGACGGAGGAGUUGACAAAAGUACAGAAUCUAAAGAGUGCAUGAUAAAAGAAUGCCCCCAGUUGUCAAAAUGGUCUGAGUGGUCGGAAUGCACUGUCACUUGUGGUGCUGGCACACAGAAACGAUCUCGAAAAUGCAUCAAUGGACCUGGUUGCAACGGAAAUAUUAGAGAAACGAAGAAAUGUGCAAAAGAUAUUUGUCCGCCCGAAACAAAUUGUACAGACCUACGCCCAGAUUGUAUCAAGUUCAAACGUUUCUGUUCGGGAAUGCUGAUGGAUGAAUACUGCAGAAAAACAUGUGGUUACUGCGUUGAAUGCGACUGUCUCGCAGAUUGGUCAAGUUGGUCAGAAUGUUCGAAAAGUUGCAACGCGGGACUAAGAUUUCGCACACGAAAAUGUUCGACACCUUACCUGGCAUGUGAGAAAGAUAUUGAGAUGUGCAAUGACUUUAUUUGUCCUGAAACUUUGUGGGGAGAAUGGAGUCCUUGUUCAAAGUCAUGUGGCGGCGGAACUAGAAGAAAAACCACAUUUUGUACCGAAGGAUUUUCGACUUGUCCAACGUUUUAUCAAGAUUGUGGGACUGAGCCUUGUCCAUCAAAAAUUUGUUCAUGGGGAGAAAUGCAUCGAUAUAAAAGCAAUUCAGAAUGUUGCAUAUCAACGUUCGAUGACACUUGUGGUAGAAAGAGCAAUGGUGGACGCAUCAUAGGUGGAAAUAGUGCGGAUUCAAAACAAUGGCCUUGGAUGGUAUACAUGGCAAUGAAAAAUAUAAUUGGAGAUGAAGCAAUAUGUGGUGGAACAUUAAUCACGACAAAAUGGGUCGUCACUGCCGGUCAUUGUGUUAGAGAUUUUUCUAAAGAUGACAUUUCCCUUACAAUGGGUUUUACAUCAAUUGGUGACAACAAGAAAAAUGUACAGAGAAGAAAAAUUGCUGAAAUCAUAAUUCAUCCGCAGUUUAUUAUGCCUGCGAAUGAUAUUGCUCUCAUCAAGUUGAAUGAGCCAGUAACGUACACCGAACACGUUCGUCCUAUUUGUCUUCCUGGUGGAGAACAAACAUCGACAGACAAACAUUGUUUUGCCGCAGGCUGGGGAAAAACAAAUCCAGUGAGUGAUUUCACCAGUUCAAUUUUGAACGAAGUUUCUCUUCGUACACUAGACAUGAAGAUUUGUAAAUCGGCUUACGAUACCUCCGUCUAUAGAAAAGGCCUAAAGGAACAUGCUAUGAUCUGCGCUGGCAGUGUUUUAGGAGGAGUCGAUACCUGUGCCGGUGAUAGCGGGGGACCGCUGAUGUGUCAAAGAUGUACAUCAUGUUCCUGGUAUUUAGCUGGUGUAACGUCAUUCGGUUCUGACAACUGCGGGUUACCGAAACACCCUGGUGUGUAUACCAACGUCGUAGAAUACGAACCUUGGAUUCGAUCAAUAGUGUCAUCAGCGUCGAAUGAGACGUACACCGGUUGCUGAUGGACUUCAAUCGUUUUGACUCCGAUCCGAGUUGAAAAAAUUGAAACUCCAAAAAUCUGAAAUCUGGAAAAAUUGAACUAUGAUAACAGAAACCUUGGCAAAUGCAAGCCUUCUUUGACAUACUGUUAAGAAUACUUUCAGUUUUAAUUGCGAAUACUGCUCCGAGCCCUUGGAAGAUACUUAAUUGAUCUGUUAUUAACUGUGCCAUCUAUCUGCCAAGAUGUGUAGUAAAUUUUGUUAAAUAUUAUGAAUUUAUCAGUAUAACCAACCAAUGUAUAUAUAUUGGGAAUUCAUAAACACUCGAGUUGUUUACCUAUAAUCUAUUUUUGAGGUCAAAUAUGCAAUUCCUUGCUUUCUAUGAUUGAAUAUACAACUUGGACUGAUUCAUUCCGUGAUCACAUUCCCAACUGUGAAUAUCACCUGUCAAAAAUAUUCCCUGUUUACAUAAAAAUAAAAAUAAAAUAAAUUUGGCAAUAAAAAUAAAACAAUGGAGAUAGGCGAUAGGGAGUUCAUCAGUCAUGCAUUAGAUAUAACUUACUUAUAUGAUUGAAGUGCAAUAUUAAAAACUAUGAUUGUCUUUAAGUUUUUGAUGCUUUUAUUUAGUUUUAUAUCCUAAUUUUAUUCAAGUGUUUUUUCAUAUUUUUAUAUAAUUAUAAACUUUAUAAUA